AAAUACAUAGAGAUUUUCGGACUUUUUUCGCUCCCUGCACUAUGUUACAGUAAGAGUGUUACUACACGUCGGCACGCCCUAAGUCGCGUUCCGAGUCGUUGUCUUCGAUUGUCGCUUAUCACUGACAACCGCCUGACCUCAAACCGCUGGCAGCCAUGUCCAAGGACCCCGCGGCGCACGCGUUGGCGUUCCGCGUGAUGCGCCUGUGCCGCCCCGCGCUGCAGGCGGACCUUCCGCUGCGCUGCUCCGCGCACGACCUCUGGCUGGGGGAGGAUGACCCUCCGCUCGCCUCCUCCGCGCCCCCGCCCCCCGACGACGCCGUCAGCACCGCCGCCUCUGGUCUGGGCGGCUCUGGGCUGGGCGGGACUGCGGGGGCGCGCGCGAGUGCAGGUGAUGGGGGCCCGGGGCGCGGAUUGGGUGUGGUGGGCGCGGCGACGGCGGCGGCAGACAGCGACAAGUACUUCGCGAGCCGCGUGGAGCUGAGGUCGCCGUUGGACGCGCUGGGGCUGUCAGGCAUGCUCGUGUUGCCGCAGUCGUUUGGGUCUAUACACCUGGGCGAGACGUUCUGCAGUUACAUCAGCGUUGGUAACCACAGCGACCGCCAUGUCAGCAACGUGGUGAUCAAGGCGGAGCUACAGACGGAGCGGCACCGCGUGGUGCUAGCAGAUAACACGAGCAGCCCGCUGGAGCGCAUUCAGGCAGGCGGCAGACACGACUUCAUCAUCGAGCAUGACAUCAAGGAGCUGGGGUCGCACACGCUGGUGUGUUCGGCGCACUACAUCGACUUUGGCGAGCACAAGGUGCUGCCGCAGUACUUCAAGUUCAUGGCUGCCAACCCGCUGUCCGUCAAAACCAAGGUGCGCACGAUCCGCGAGAGCACGUUCCUGGAGGCGUGCAUAGAGAAUGGCAGCAAGGCGUCGCUGUUCCUCGACCAAGUGCGCUUCGAGCCCACGCCCGCCUGGCAGGUGUCCCAGUUGGAGCCGGAGUUCACGGGCAAAGAGGAGGAGGAAGAGGAGGACGCGGAAGAGGGGGCGCGGGAGGAGUGGGGAGGGGCCGCAGUGGCGGAUGAGGCGGACGACACACUUGCAGGAGUGGCGUGGAGUGAAGUCAGGGCCCUCUUCAAGCCAGUGGAUCUGAUCCGGGCCAACGGUGGCACGCGCCACUUCCUCUACCACCUCCACAGAACGCCCCCGCCCCCUGCGGGCGCUGGGGGAGGGGGGGCGGGGGAGAGCGGGGGUGGGGGAGGGGCGAAGGUGGAGGGGGGGAACACGCUUGGGCGGCUGGAAAUACUGUGGCGGUCCACACUGGGGGAGCCGGGGCGACUGCAGACGCAGCAGAUACUGGGCAAUCCCAUAGCGCGCAAGGAGGUGGAGCUGAAGCUAGUCAGCCUGCCCAACAGAAUCGUGCUCGAGCGACCCUUCCUCGUGCACUGCCGGGUGCACAACAACAGCGACCGUCCCCUGGGCCCACUGCGCAUAGUCAUUGCCCGGGACGAGCCUGUCACUGGCAGCACCCCCAGAGCGAUCGUUGUCAGCGGCCCCUGGACCAUGACCAUCGUGAGCAUCGCUUCAAACUCUUCUGCCGAUUUCAAUCUGUCCAUGGUGGCUCUAGCUAGCGGGGUGCACAAGAUAUCAGGCGUGGGGGUGGUGGAUGCGCGGGAUUCCAAGCCAUAUGAUGCACUCACUCCCACUGAGGUGUAUGUUGAAUUGCAAUGACACGUGUACAAUCAGAAGGAUGCAAGCUCAUUGUAUCCGGUAGAGCAUUUUUCUGUGUUUCCUUGAUUUAUGAUGAGGUUAAAUACAAACCAGGUCGGGAUUCUUGUUUUGCAAGCCGUACAGAGUCACCACUAGUUACGAAUACUCAACAAGACUAUUCUAGUAUUCAUGUCGGUAUGAUUUUGUAAUUAGGGUAGUGCAUGAUGUCAAACAUGUUUAGUUAUCAUGCUUGUAUAGACUGUAUAGGGUUAUCUU